UAUAUAUAGUGCAGUAACACUGGCAGUACAAGGUAAUUGUGUCAGUGUUUGGAUAUAAAAAUAAUCGUAACAUGUGAAUGCUGGAUAAAAUGCCAUCUUUACAAAAAUGUCAUCAAGUAUGCCUCAUUUCAAGGACCAGUGAAUGAUGACAGCUUUGUUGGCUUGAUAUCUACACGUUAAAAGCAUGAGUACCGGUAAGUAUAAUCCUUAAAAUAUUUCUUAACUAUGUUAACUGACUGCAGUUUGUGGCUGAUACCUGUAUGAACUUUACAGUUUAUUGACUGUUCUUAUAAAUAUUUGUCUUCAUUGUAUAGAAUGUUUUCAUCGGGAUUUGUCUGCCAUUCCUUAUUUUUCCUUUCUUUGAGAAAUACAAGAUGCAAAAAUACUCCAUUUGUUACAAUAACGCAAAAAAGUCAUCAAGUGUCAUCAAGUAUGCCUCAUUUCAAGGACCAGUGAAUGAUGACAGCUUUGUUGGCUUGAUAUCUACACGUUAAAAGCAUGAGUACCGUAGUGGUCGAUCCACCAAGCCAAGCUGAGGAUGGCUCCCACCGUCGUCGAUGGUGUCGACCAUCAAGAGGAUUCAAGCGAUGGUUGAUCUUAGCAGGUCUGUUCAUGGUGACCUUCCUAGAAGUAGGAUCAGUCAGGACACUUUCCCUCUUCCUUGAUGACUUCACAUUUCAGUUUGAUGUCAGUACUUCUUACAUGGGGGCAAUAUACGGACUCAUCACGGGCCUACCAUAUUUUCUGGGAUUAAUCAACAUACUUCUGCUACGCCAUUUCUCCGUUCGGCAACUCAUGAUAGUUGGUGGUAUACUGUCAUCAGCGGGACUGAUCGCUGCCUCAUUUACCACAACAGCAUCGCAGAUCACUGCAUCUUUAAUUGCAUUUGGUUUAGGUUACAUGUUCAUCAUUCUGCCGUCUCACUCCUGUGUCCCUGACUAUUUUCCUGAUCAUUUCGAGAUUGCAACGGGUAUCUUUUCAUCAGGUUCAAGCGUCGGUGUCAUGUUAAUGCCGUUGAUUUUUGAUGCCGUAACCUAUUCAUACGGAUGGAGGGGCGGUCUCCUAAUUCUUGGUGCGUUUACCACUCAUUUUAUUCUCAUCGGCUCGUUACUACAAACAACCGACCGAAAACACCCGAGACAAGACGAUCUCACUCAUCGCGAUGCCGAAGACUUUGCUCAUAGAAAUGUCAACUUUGAAAUGGAUUCCGUUGGUGAGAAAACUACUGAGAGCGAAGCCUCGAUGCAUGGCUGGUCGGAUGAUAGGGUCCGCAGUUCAAACUCUACUCCACAAAUAAAAACAGGACUUCCUUCGAAGUCAACCGAUGAUAAAAUCAAAAUAGAUCAUGGGGAGCUUGGUAAUUGUGAUAGCCACCAGCCACCGACACUUGCCAAUGAUAUUUCUACAGUAAGAACAAAGACAAAGUCGAAAUCCCCUUUGGAAGAUGAGAAUAAAAAAGCUUCUACGCCUAGUCUGAACGUGGACGAGGUCGUUAAUGACCGUGAAAAUAACAAGAAAUGUUCUUUUCACACUCUCUCGUCCCCCGUAAGGUUCUUCAAAAAGCAUCCCCUCAUGAUCACAGUUUGUGUUCAAGUCUACAUUUUUGCUCUUACCUACGGUACCUGGCUUCUGUUCACCAUCCCCAACGGUCAAGCCAAAGGCCUAACUGACCUGAGGGCUGUCCAACUCUCAAUCGCAGGUGGAGUUGCCAACUUUUUCGGUCGAUUCUCUUGUGGCUUCAUCACCUCAAGAAACGUCGCACGAAUCGAAGUUUGGUACAUGUUUGCGAAUAUCGUUUCAGCAAUUGCAUUCUUCGUGAACUAUGUGGCUGAUUCCUUUUGGUUCCUGCUGAUUCUCUCUCUAGUGUUUGGAUUUUCGAUCGGUUUCAAAAUUCCUGCACAAUUUACUCUUGUGAUGAAUGCUGUAGGAGAGAAACGCUUCAAAACAGGGCUUGGGAUACUCUAUGUGUGCAGUGGCUCGUCCUUCCCAUUCCUUGGUUUCGUUGUAGGAUCCAUCUUUGACCGCUUUCAGUCGUAUAAUAUCGCAUUUUGCAUCAUGGGGGCACUGGAUGUGUUUGCUGCGAUUCUUAUCAUCUUCCCUGUUGUCUGGCCAAGAUUUUACAAAAGAACAACUGACUGAUAUGCAUGGAAUGCACAUCGUCCGGAUCUUCUCAACAAGGCUUUCUGAACUGAGAUGCGCACAUAAGUCCAAUCCGAUGUGAUACACCAUACUUUACUUUUAAACACUAAAAACCCGAAAUCAUAUAAACUUUGAACUGCGAUAUUGAUGGAUGGGGAGAUAACAUUUUUUUGAGAAUCAGAUGCAUUCUAGUAGAAUGGGUUAGGAUUAUAUUCACUGAAUAUAACCUACCUAAUGUCCAUAGUAGGUCAUA